UUUAUCUCUCUUAAUUUCUCUCACUCAUUUCUUCUUCUUCUUCUUGUUGGAUUACUUCAUUUGAACCCAAAAUCAAAUAAACCACAUAAUCUUUUCUCCAUCAUGACUUGACACCGUAUCAUGGGCUUCUUCCGCCGACUUUUUGGCGCCAAAAAGAAACUCACCACACAAACCCCUGCCUCCAAACCGCCCAAGAGAAGAUGGAGCUUCGCCAAACACCCUCCGCAACCACAACCCCCUUCCUCCGCCCUCAACCACCACUAUGACCCGUCCUCCUCAUCCUUAGACGCCAACAAGCAUGCCAUCGCCGUUGCAGCCGCCACUGCAGCCGUUGCAGAGGCCGCUCUCGCAGCCGCCCACGCCGCCGCCGAGGUUGUUCGCCUCACCAGUGCCGGAGCUCCCCCAACUACUCCCACCACUACCAGCAGGCCGAACGUUUCCUCCGCCGCCGUUAAGAUACAAUCGGCGUUUCGUGGUUACUUGGCAAGGAGGGCAUUGAGAGCGCUAAAAGCAUUGGUGAAGUUGCAAGCAUUGGUUAGGGGCCACAUCGUGAGAAAGCAAACCGCAGAUAUGCUAAGGCGCAUGCAAACAUUGGUGCGACUCCAGGCCCAGGCACGUGCCACUCGCGUGUUCUCACAUACUAAUACCACUAUGCACUCUUUCAAGCCUUCACUUUCCCAUUAUUACCCUGUCCCUGAAGAAUAUAGUACUAAAUUUGAUGGAUCUUCUAUUUUGAAGAGAUGUAGUUCCAAUGCGAACUUUAGGAACAGCGAGUGGGAGAGGGGGGCACGGUUUGGUUCGAGUUGGUUAGAGCGAUGGAUGAAAGAAAGAGAAAACAGAGAUGAGGAUGAGGAGAAGAUGAGUGACAAGAUUCUUGAAGUAGACACAUGGAAACCGCCACUAAGGUCAAUGAAAGGAAAAGAAGAAGUAUGUUCAAGAACCGCCGAUAACAGCCCGCAAACAUUAUUGUCUUCGUCAUCAUCUAGGAGGCAGGGUGGACCCUUUACGCCCACAAGGAGCGAGUGCUCCUUCCAUGGCUAUGCAGGGCACCCCAACUACAUGUCCAACACGCACUCUUCUAGAGCUAAGGUUAGAUCGCAGAGUGCACCAAGACAGAGACUUGAUUAUGAUAGAUACGGAUACGCUUGUUCCAAUAAUACUCUUCUUCACUAUCAUUCACAUUUGAGGAGUAAAGUGUCAAGUAGCGUUUCAAUAGAAUUGGGGUUACCAAUUUAAGGUGACAUUGCUUGCAUGCAUGUCUUUGAAUAUAUCCUUAUGCACACUAAAUAAUAAUAUUCAUUAUCAAUGCUUUUGUAACUUCUCAUCAAGCUAUAUAUAGUAACGGACUAAGCUGUCUUGUCUAGAACUAUUCCUCUUAGCAAAAAGGUACAUUGCUAGCUACUCUCAAAUUCCAUGUAUAAAUUCUUGCCUAUAUCGAGGGCUGAAUCCUCACUUUUCUAUC